AAGCGGUCGAUUGGCUGUGAAUGAUGUCGCGCUCAUACGGGGGUCGGGAGUCGUGUCCACUGGACUGCAAGGUAUACGUCGGGGAACUCGGAAACAAUGGCACUCGACAUGAGCUCGAAGACGCUUUUGGCUAUUAUGGACCACUCAAAGAGGUAUGGGUGGCCCGAAACCCUCCCGGCUUCGCGUUUGUCAUGUUUCAGGACCCGCGCGACGCCAGGGAUGCCGUGCGAGCCAUGGAUGGGAAAAUGGUUUGCGGCCGAAGAAUACGUGUGGAGCUGUCGACCGGCAAAUCGCGUCACGACGGGAAGGGAGGCGGUGGUGGUGGCGGUGGCGGACGCUAUGGCAGCGGCGGCUAUAGUGGAGGAGGCGGUGGCGGCAGUUAUGGCGGACCCCCGCGCGAGUCGCGCGGUUAUGGACGCGAAUCGCCGCGCGGGGGCUCCAGACGUGGCGACCCCUAUGGCGGCGGCAGCAGAGGUAGCACUGAUCGGUACGGC